CCACCUUCUGGGUCAUCCAUCUGUGGCCUUUGAGGCCUGGAGAAAAGCCCCUAGCUUGUCUCCCUCCCCCUUCCAUUUUUCCACACUUGGCCCCCCGGGAGGAGGCAGAAGGAAGUGUUCCCAGAGGACAGUGUCUCCCAGUAUCCGUGCCGUGUGGAGAGAUUUGGGGAGUCUGGCCUCGGAUGGGAAAAAGCUGCCGCCUGAUUUCCACAUACUUGGCUCCUUCAUAACGGUGCCUUUAACAAUGAAGGACUGAGUCUGAGGAGGGGGAUGUCCAGGCCAGACCAGGCCAGGAGUCGUCCCCACCUACUUUAGGGAAGGGCUGUCCGGGCUCUCCUGUUGGGGAGUAGAGUAGGAAGGAGGUGGUUGGCGGGGCAUCUCAGGGGUUCUGGAAGCUAGCAGUUCAGCUUUCAGAUAGCCUGGGACCCCUGGGUAGGCCUUGCCCCAGGACCAGCUGGAGGAAAGUAAUCGUCUGUCCGGUCAGUCCUCCCAUCCUGUGACGUCCACAAGGAUGCCCCGUCUGUGCGAGGGAUGGGCUUCACUGCCUAGGACCCUGGGAGGUGAAAGCUGUCCUCGCCAGGGGUGUUCUUCCAGACUCCCAAGGGUGGCUCUAUCUACUGGGCAGCACUGCCCCCCUGCGUCCCAGAAAGCCCCGCAAAACUGUUCACGUGGACCCCGUCUAGUGUUCGAUGUGCAGAGAAAGGUCACCUACAAGAACCUGACCACCUGGUAUUCGGAGCUUCGAGAGUUCCGCCCCGAGAUUCCCUGCCUCGUGGUGGCCAAUAAGAUUGAUGCCGACACCAACGUGACCCAGAAAAGCUUCAACUUUGCCAGAAGGUUUGCACUGCCUCUGUACUUUGUCUCGGCCGCCGACGGCACCAAUGUUGUGAAGCUCUUCAAUGAUGCUAUCCGUUUGGCAGUUUCUUACAAACAGAAUUCCCAAGACUUCAUGGAUGAGGUUUUACAAGAGCUUGAGCUUUUCUCACAGAACUUUGAGCUGGAGAAGAAGGUGAGGGAUCGGAGUCAGUGCUGGACAUCCACCCCCCCCCCAGGACAAGAAGGGGUGGUCUGCCAUCCCUACCCCGUUUGGACUGGGGCAAUGAGGUGAUAUUCUAUGGAUCCACCCAAGGAACAGAACAUUAAAUAUUUUUUUCUCAGCA